AUGUCUGGGCCUUCAACGACCUUUGCUUGCAAGAAACUAGUAUUGGAUGCGGGCCCCUUGUUGUCCCUUGCGCCUUUGCGUGGUUUGGCGGAAGCGUACUACACUGUUCCACAAGUUCUUGAAGAACUGAAGGAUGAACGUGCCCGGGAACAUUUUGAGAGGCUUGGUCUAUCCGCUGGGGUCAGGAUCGAGAUCAAAUCUCCGGAUGCGGCAUCACUAGCGCAUGUGAUCCAGUUUGCCAAGAAAACUGGUGAUUACUCCGUCCUUUCACAUGCAGAUCUGAGCAUCCUUGCCUUGACAUAUGCUCUGAGCAUGCAGGACAAAGAGGAGUGUGAAAGAGAAGCGUCGAAGGAGCCUGAAGCGAAAUCAGCACUGGAAGGUUCAUCAAGCUCAACCGCUGACGCUUCCUCCCUUGCCGAUAAAAUCGACCUGAUCUCGUUGGAGAACAACGGCGAUCCUCCUGUGGCGUCGAGCACGCAAGAAUAUCUUGCCGGAGCCGAAUCUCAUAGCAUGACCCAACAAUCUCUGGACUCGGAUCCUCAGGAGUCCGAACAAGCUAACGAGAAAUCAUCCGCAACGCCAGAGCGUGAACCCGAACCUGAGGACAACUCGAAAGUUGAAGAACCGCCUCAACCCUCGUCACCAAGUCCGCUAUAUGAUGAUCCCACAGACGAGGAUGAUGGCGAAGGAGAAUGGAUUACACCACUCAACGUCGCUCUGCACAAAGCAAAACACCUUGAUCUACUUCCUACGACAUCGGCCAAGGUCAAGCCGGAGACAGUCCCGACAGGCUGCAUGACGGCCGAUUUUGCGAUGCAGAAUGUCUUGCUGCAGAUGGGUCUGAGCUUGGUAGGCGUGGAAGGGAAACGGAUACAACGAUUGAAGACAUGGGUUUUGCGGUGUCAUGCUUGCUUCAAAAUAUGUAAGGAUAAUUCGAAGCAAUUUUGCCCUUCGUGCGGGAAUCCUACGCUUCUCCGUACCUCUGUGACCAUCGCAUCGCCGGACGCAUCCGCGGAUGCCCCUGCUAUGCAAAUUCAUCUGAAGAAAAACUUCCAAUACAGACUGCGGGGUACAAAGUAUUCCAUACCAGCACCGAAACCAGGGUCGGCAAAAGGAGGUACUGGCGACGGGCUGGUAUUACGAGAGGACCAGCUCGAGUAUAUGCGCGCCAAGAAGAAACUCGACGCAAAACGUGAACGCGACGAGAGGAAGCUUGUCAACGGCGUGCUUUCCAAAGGCGCAGAAGGCGGUGUCAGGGUCGGCAGCUGGAUGGAUCCAGAUUGGGUCCCGGAGAUGUUGACUGUCGGAGCGGGGGGAAAGGGCCGGACAAACAGGAACGACGGUUUACCAACUAUUGGCUACGGUCGCAAGAAUCCUAACGAACGACGGAGGAAGCAAUAG